AAGAGCCGCCGCAGGAGACUCUCCUCCCUCGGUGUGGCCCCGCCCUUUCUGUGAGCCUGUGGAGGGGAGGAGGCAGCCGGCGCCUGAACAGCGGGAGAAGGAGCGAGGAAAGAAAGUCACGUCCUCCCGCCCAGCCAGCGCCACCCCCUCUGACUUACCUGGCCCCUUUGUGCGCGCGCCUUGUUAACCCUCGUCCGCCCUAUUCUUUUCACCACCAAGCCCUCUCCAGCCAGGACAUGGCUCCUCUAGCAGCAGCAAGGCUCGGCGGUUCUUCGUCUAGAGCCGCCUGCCUCCAACUUGCUAUCAGUCUCCUGGUACUAAGUUUAUAUUGCGAAGCUUGCAGGAAAGUGACCUUUAAUCUGCCUUCCAAACUAGAAGCAGGGGCAUUAAUUGGCAAAGUAAAUCUGAAACUGUGUCUCAGGACUUCAGACCUAAUCACUUCAAGUGAUCCUGACUUCAGAGUUCUAGAAGAUGGUUCUUUGUUUUCAACAAAUGCUAUUUCAUUGUCUUCUGCUGGCAGAAAUUUUACAAUAUUGCUUACAGACUCACAAAAAAAAAUACAAAAGCAAGUGCCCGUCAUUUUGCAAUCCAAUCUGAAAAAGGCCACUGAAAAAGGGGAGAUUGUUCUUAGAAGAAGUAAACGAAGAUGGGCUCCUGUUCCAACCAUUAUAAUGGAAAACUCGCUGGGACCUUUUCCAAUGCAAAUUCAGCAGCUGUUUUCUGAUACGGCCCAAAAUUAUAAUAUCACCUAUUCGAUAAGUGGUCCUGGUGUUGACCAGCCACCUCUGAAUUAUUUUUACAUUGAGAGAGAAACAGGAAAUCUCUUUGUUACAGGCCCCAUAGAUCGGGAAGAGUAUCCAGAAUUUAAGAUAAUUUGCUAUGCAAGAACAUUAGAUGGCUAUACCCCCGAGAGACCACUUGUACAUGUAAUACGUAUAGAAGAUGACAAUGACAACCCCCCAGUUUUUAACCCAGCUGUCUGUACUUUCCAGGUUUACGAAAACAGCAGAUCUGGUACUGUAAUUGGAGAAAUGACUGCAACAGACGGAGAUGAGAUUGGUACACUGCAUACUAAACUGAAAUACAGAAUUAUAAACCAGAAUCCCGUGUCUUCUAAAUUCCCUACAAUGUUUAAUAUCGAUCCAGAUUCAGGUGUUAUCACUUUGGCAUCCCCAGGCCUGGAUAGAGAGGAUGUGGAACAAUAUGUAUUAUUAAUAGAAGCAAGAGAUAUGGCAGGUCAGCCCUUUGGUUUGUGCACUACUGGGACAGCUGUGAUUGAGCUUCAAGACCGAAAUGACCAUGCACCCAUGUGUGAUAAGAGUUUGUAUGAAGUGUUUAUUCCUGAAAACACAGUUGGUGCAAAAGUAAUAGAGAUUGGUGCCGUAGACAGAGAUCUGCCAGAAACAUCAGCCUGGCAUGCUACCUUCAAGAUUAUAAAGGGAAAUGAAGAUGGUGCAUUCAGCAUUGAGACAAAUCCACGUUCAAAUAUUGGAACUUUAUGUGUUGAUAAGGGCCUGGAUUAUGAAAAAACCAAGGAGAGAAGAUUGGAAAUUUCUGUAACUAAUGACGAGCCUUAUGUACUACCACCAAAUUCAAGAACCGUUUCUCAAGGUUCUUGUGUUGUUGUUGUCAAAGUACGAGAUAUAGAUGAAGGACCAGUAUUUGACCCAUGUGUAUAUAUUCUAAAUAUUAAGGAAUGUUUACCAGGUGGAACUAUGGUUGGCCAUUACCUAGCAAAGGACCCAGAGACCAGAAAUAGUGAAGACAUUAGGUAUGGAGUACUACAAGAUCCAUGUGGUUGGAUCACCAUGGAUGAAAGAGGUGAAAUCAGAACCACUAAGCUCUUAGACAGAGAUGCCCCAAAUAUGCAAAAUUACCAAUGUAAUGUAACAGUUUCUGCUACAGAUCGGAGUGGCAAAACAGGUACUGGAGUAAUAGUGGUUAAUCUGGAAGAUGAAAAUGAUAAUUUCCCUGUAAUUGUUCAACGAGAAAAAAUAAUGUGCAGAGACAGAAAACCAAUUUGUCUUACUGCUGUGGAUGCUGAUCUACCUCCUAAUACUGUUCCUUUCACUUUUGAAAUAACCGAUAGAAACUUGGAAUGGAAACUGAUAGGAAAUGAUGAGAAAUCUGUAUUCCUGGAACCAGUGAACCAUAUACCUUAUGGGGUUUACGAUAUUCCUAUUAUGGUAACUGACAAUGGUGGAAAGCAAGGUAUUACUGUUGUAAGAGUUCUAGUGUGUGACUGUACUACCCCUAGUGAUUGCAUUGGCGCUCUGCCAGACCGAAACAUCGAACCAGAAACAGGGAUCUAUCAGUCACCUAACGUCACCCUUGGACUUUGGGCCAUACUCGCAAUGAUUUUGGGAUCAUUAUUGCUGCUACUGAUUCUGAUAACACUUUGUGGAUGCUGUGGUGCUGCACCUGUGAGCAGCAAACAUGUGUGUGAUGACUUAGCUAACCAGAACUUGAUCAUAUCAAACACUGAAGCUCCUGGAGAAGAAGUAAUGGACCCAAACAUACUUCCACUGAAAACAGGAAAUGUUGUUACUUCUGAUCAAGGGGCCGGCUUUGGAAUGAAAGCUGGAGGACAGGAGUCUUUUGAAAUGGUCAAAGGAGGAGGGCAUCAGACCAUGGAUUCACUUGAAGGAGGAGGACUUCAUACCUUACAGUCAGUCAAAGGACAUCAUACGUUGGAAUCUGGAAGAGGAUAUGGACAUCCCAUGAUGGAUGCCUAUAGAUACUCCUAUUCAGAAUGGCAGAAUUUCACACAUCCUCGCCUAACUGAGAAGGUGUAUCUGUGCGGACAGGAUGAAGAACAUAAGCAUUCUGAAGAUUAUGUCCUUUCAUAUAACUAUGAAGGAAGAGGAUCACCUGCUGGCUCUGUAGGCUGCUGCACUGAUCAGCAGGAAGAGGAGGCACUGGACUUUUUAGAUCAGCUGGAACCCAAGUUUAGGACAUUAGCAGAAACCUGUGUGAAGAGAUAAGUUUGGUGAUGACGGCAAAAAUAAUUGUCUUUCUCAUGGGGAUGACUGUUGUAAAAUUUCAGUGGAUUUUUCUGUCUUUUUUCAUUUCUUGUGGGAACAGUUUGCAAAGAUAUCUUUGUUAGUAUCAUUGUUCCUCUACCUUAAACUUCAGUAUGCUAUCUAAUUUGAUCUACCUGCAACACUAUCUAAACUUGGUUUACCUUUUAAUGUGGAAUUUGCUUUCAAUGUCUUUGACUAAGUCACUGUUAUAGGCAAACUGCUUUGUAAACAACAUAGAUUUUUUAUAUUUUCUCUGAAGAUAUUUGGGUGGUGGGAAGUCUUUUUUUGUCAGCUGAUGUUUUCCUUUAGCUUUAGAGAAUAAAUACAAUUUGCUAUAUGUUAAACUAGUUGUACAUUUAUAGAUAGAAAAACCAAAGCCUUUAUAUUUUAAAAUUAAAUAAUGGAAUUAAAAUGUUUGAGCAAAAAUUCCUAAAUUUGCAAAUUGACUUGUGGGGGAGAGAGGAAAAAUCCUUAAUGUAUAGAUGGAGUGUGUCUAAACUU